CCAGCGCGAUGCUGUCAAGGUGGAUGUGUGCAAGGUGGUCGUCGAAGCUUUCAUCCGGCAUCAGGUUGAUGCCACAUCUGACCCUGUGACCAUCAACGGCAUGAUGUACGUGUGCAAAGUCCUUCAUGACUCGAUCAAUGCGCUGAGUCUCCGUGACGAGGAGCGACAGAUUUCCAACUACAUCGUCAACUUCCUGAGACGGGUCACACACGGUCGCGAUCUCGAGGCUCACUUGAACUUCUUGGUGGACGCCAGGGCUGGUUUCGCCAACCUACAGCCUGUCGUUAUGUUUCUCGUGCAGCGUGUGAACAGUCUGGCUGUCGAGACACAUCGCAUGGUCAAAGGCAAUCAUUCCCGGAAGACGUCCGCCUUUGUCCGCGCCUGUGCUGCAUACACAUUCAUCACCAUACCGGGAGUGACGGACGCCUUCAUGAGGCUGAACCUGUAUCUACUCUCUGGUCAAGUGGCACUUCUCAACCAAGCCAUUACGCAAGGUGACUCAUUCUUCAAAGCGGCAAUCAGCACCCUGUCCGAGAUUCCUAAGACACAAGAAAUUGACAGCGUUCAGCGCAGUACAGAGCCGUGGGUCUUAGCAUAUGUCAACCAGUUGCUAUCUACGCUUCUUGUCGUGCCGGAUCAUCCAGAGCGUGAGCCAUUGUGGAUUCUCCGGGGCCUGAUGAAUGUCGUGCGGGAAUACGCAUGGGACGAGCAAUCCGACGCCAAGGCUCAAAUCUCCCUCAACAUCUUGUCACUGUUGUGUGCAGCUAGUCAGGACGAGUAUAGCUACACUAUCAAGAAAGUGGAGAGCAAUGACCAGUUGUACGCUGCAGACCGGAAGUUCAUCGAGGCACUUUCCGAGAUUAUCAACGGUGUGAUUGACGAAUUGUUUGACAUCUUGAAGCAGCUUGGCAGUCGUAAAGAGACAAUCCCGAAACAAGCCGCCCUUGCUUUGCAGCUUGUCAAGAUAAUGCUUGCACACAUGGAUGUACGAGAUCAAGGCACAGGGCAAUUGAUCAUGAAGUUGUGGAAUCUUGCCAGCAAAACCGGCGCAGCUAGCAGGAAAACAAUGGCACAAACGGCUGAGUAUGCCAAGUCGUUGUGCGAUCGGACUGGGUACGAGGUCUACGGCAACAUCGCAACAAGAAUCUCCGUCACCUAGCGGGCAUUGCUGCCGUCCGUCCACAUCCCACAUAGCACUUUUCUCACUCCACCCACAGACACAGUGUUUGUUGUGUGUGGGUGGGUGUGUUGAUAGCUAGGUAGUGUUUUUACUCUAUUUCUGAUUGCAAUCAGUAACAGCCAGAGCAUCAGCCCAAGGAGACACGGAGUACAGCAGGGCUGAGAACGUGUAGCAGCUAGGUCGUGUGCGGCGUUGCUUGUUUAACGGUACACAGGACACAGCCUGUGUGUGUGUGUGUGUGCGUGCGUGAGUGUGUAUGUGUGUGUGUGUGUGUGUGGGUGGUGGGUGUGUGUGUGUGGGUGUGGGUGUGUGUGUGUCUCUCUCUCUCUCUAUCUAUCUAUCUAUCUGCCUUUCUCUCUUCCCCUCCGGUUUCAAAUCAGAUUAAUUUCACAUGCGUUAUUUUUUGAUCAAUGUUGCUUGUUACCAAUGCAAAAUUUAGCUUAUCUACAUGACCUGUGUUCAUUUGUUCAAAGUCAUUCCGUAUCCAAACCAAGUGAAGAAAAGUCAUUUUUCCACAAUACCCAGAGAACACAGGUCAUGCGUAUACAGUGUUAGAGUAGCAAUAUUACUACUUUGUGUGCACAAGCUGCGCUUAGAUCCAGUGCGCAGAGGUUAUUGUCAUGGCUUCGUGUAUGUGUGUAUGUGUGUGUUUGUGUGUGUGUGUACACGUGUGUGUUUGUGUGCGUGUUUGUUUGUUGCUGGCUCGGCAAACUUCACAUGUUUCUAAUAUCUUAUGACGUAAUUAUGACUCACUGCAUGCUGCUGCUGCUGCUGCUGCUGCUGGUGGUAUUGUUAUUUACUUGUGACCUGGUGCAGUUUGUUAUGUUCAUUAUUUUCGUUAUGCUGUUUGGUAUGCAAUUUCCGCUUUCAUGUAUCAUACAAUGUAUCUAUAUCAUUGCUACAAUCUACUAGCAUCUUUGACUGAAUACCGUGAACGCCCACUA